GCCGACGCCGACGCCGACCCCGCAGAGACCGCCGAGCAGCCAAGCAGACGCCGCGCGCACCCCGACACAGGAAGUAAUCCGGAAUGUCACGAGCCCUGCUGCUGCUGUGUCCCGCCCUCCUGGUCCUGCUGGCGUGUCUCCAGCGGGCCGCCGCAGACGACGUCAUCAUGGAGAAGAGGGAUAUGGACUCGCCGUUCCUCAAUCGACUGUUUGAAGCAAAAAUGAAGAGACCCUUCUGCAACGCCUUCACUGGGUGCGGCAAGAAGCGGUCGGACGAGAGCGUGGGAACGCUGCUGGAGAUGAACUCUGAGCCGGCCGUGGCGGACCUCAGCCGGCAGAUCCUGUCCGAGGCCAAGCUGUGGGAGGCCAUCCAGGAGGCGCGCGCAGAGCUGCUCGCCCGCCGCCGCCAGCACGAGAUGCAGACGAACCGGCUGGCAGACUUCUCUCGCCCACUGGCUGUUGCGCAGUACCGCAAGAAGAGGGCAGCUGCCCCGCCCACUCCUGUGCAGGGCAUGAAGCCGUGGCGCCGGUAGACGGAGCGCGGCCCGGUCCCGCCAACGGUGGCAGCUGUCGCCACAGCCCGGCACGGCGACCCACCGCACCGGCACCGCACAUAUCUAGAGAAGAGAAAGCACUCGUAGUCGCCCGCUACACUGACCCUCGCCCUGCCCUGUACUGUAAAUAAAGCAUCGGACGCAGAUUUCGCUGUGCUAGUCAUUUGUAGCCUCCCCAUCCAUUCGCCCUGCAUCCCCAGUAAACUUCUGGGUGUGGAGUUCUGUUCCUCUUAUGUUAUAGAGGAGUUAGGCACUGUCCCUACUAAGUGUCGUUUCCUAAUAUUGUAAUGUUUACUUGUGUACUCUGCAUGCAUAAUAAAAUAC